GGGGUCGGGGGAGGGGGCAGCAUGGCCUGUCCGUCCGGCCCCCUUCGCCGCGCACCUCAUCUGCCCCGCGCCGAUCGCUGCCGCCGCCGCCGCCGCUCCGCUGCCCGCGCCGCCCGCGGCUCCCGAUGGAGACUGACGCGCCCCAGCCCGGCCUCGCCUCCCCGGACUCGCCGCACGACCCCUGCAAGAUGUUCAUCGGGGGACUCAGCUGGCAGACGACGCAGGAAGGGCUGCGCGAGUACUUCGGCCAGUUCGGGGAGGUGAAGGAGUGCCUGGUGAUGCGGGACCCCCUGACCAAGCGAUCCAGGGGCUUCGGCUUCGUCACCUUCGUGGACCAGGCGGGGGUGGAUAAGGUGCUGGCGCAGUCGCGGCACGAGCUCGACUCCAAAACAAUUGAUCCCAAGGUGGCCUUUCCCCGGAGAGCACAGCCUAAGAUGGUGACUCGGACGAAGAAGAUCUUUGUAGGGGGGCUGUCAGUGAACACCACGGUGGAGGACGUGAAGCAGUAUUUUGAGCAGUUCGGGAAGGUGGAUGAUGCUAUGCUGAUGUUUGACAAAACCACCAACCGGCACCGAGGGUUCGGAUUUGUCACUUUUGAGAGUGAAGACAUCGUGGAGAAAGUGUGUGAAAUUCAUUUCCAUGAAAUCAACAACAAAAUGGUGGAAUGUAAGAAAGCUCAGCCAAAAGAGGUGAUGUCGCCGACCGGCUCAGCCCGGGGGAGGUCUCGAGUCAUGCCCUAUGGAAUGGAUGCCUUCAUGCUGGGCAUCGGCAUGCUGGGUUACCCCGGUUUCCAAGCCACGACCUACGCCAGCAGGAGUUACACCGGCCUCGCUCCCGGCUACACCUACCAGUUCCCCGAAUUCCGUGUAGAGCGGACCCCUCUCCCGAGCGCCCCAGUCCUCCCCGAGCUCACAGCCAUUCCUCUCACCGCUUACGGACCAAUGGCAGCGGCGGCGGCAGCGGCAGCUGUGGUUCGAGGAACAGGCUCUCACCCCUGGACGAUGGCUCCCCCUCCAGGUUCCACCCCCAGCCGCACAGGGGGCUUCCUGGGCACCACCAGCCCCGGCCCCAUGGCUGAGCUCUAUGGGGCAGCCAACCAGGACUCAGGGGUCAGCAGUUACAUCAGUGCUGCCAGCCCCGCCCCCAGCACCGGCUUCGGCCACAGUCUUGGGGGCCCCUUGAUUGCCACAGCUUUCACCAAUGGGUACCACUGAAGCAGGAGACAGGUGGCCAGAGCACCCCCCCUGCAGCUGACUGAGGACCAGGAGUGAGCCAGCGAGGGCGCGGGACACCUCAGCCGCAGCCGCCGCCCCCUCCCCGCGACUCGGACGCUACUGCCUGCCCCCCACUCCCGCCCGGCCCCUGGCCCCUGCCCUG